AUGAGUUCGUCAGCUCCAAACGCAGCUUCCAAGGAGAAGGACCAGCUAUCGGUUGACGCUAGACUUCAGCACUCAACGUCGUUUGGGUAUAUCAAUGUUGGCGACACUUCGGCUUCGUUGUCGACUAUGCCUACAACCAAGGCUUCAAGAAGAGCGUCAAAUGCGAGGUUGCUCGAGAUGCAAACCAACAGCGAGUCGGAUUUUGCCAUUGCUAAGAAGUUGAUCAUUGGCUUUCGCGAAUUGACGUAUAGGCAGACCUGGAUAUUGCCCUUGAUGGUGUUGCUUGUUGCAUUUCUAACUUUCCAAUUGUCCAACCCCAGUGGAGAAAUCCACCGCUUUUUAGAGUCGAUGAUGGUGCCAUCUUACUACAUCGAGGGCACCGACCAAUACGGCAAAGGCGGUAACGAUUUCAGAUUUGUGGCCUUUUAUGCCAUCUUUUUCACAUUUUUGCGAGAGUUUAUGAUGUGUUGUGUCUUGAAGCCAAUCAGUGUCUAUUUAGGCAUCAAGAAAGAAGCCAAACAGAAAAGGUUUAUGGAACAGACCUAUUCCAUGUUCUACUAUGGAUUGAGUGGCCCCAUUGGCUUAUGGAUCAUGUCGAGGACCCCCUUGUGGUUUUUCGAAACAACCCCUUUCUACAUUGAUUAUCCUCACAAGACACACGAGGUGUAUUUCAAAGUCUUCUACCUUGGCCAAGCGGCAUUUUGGGUGCAACAGUCGGUGGUGUUGAUUUUGCAAUUGGAAAAACCAAGAAAAGAUUUUAAAGAGUUGGUGUUGCAUCACAUCAUCACCAUUGCCUUGAUUUGGUGUUCCUACAGAUUCCACUUCACCUGGAUCGGCAUCGAGGUCUUUGUCACUAUGGACGUGUCCGACUUCUUUUUGGCAAUAUCAAAGACCUUGAACUAUUUGGAUUCAAGCUUAACCGGACCUUUUUUUGUCUUGUUCAUUGGCGUUUGGGUUUACUUGAGACACUAUAUCAACUUGAGAAUAUUGUGGUCCAUCUUGACCGAGUUCAAGACUGUGGGUGAAUGGGAGCUCAAUUGGGAAACACAACAGUACAAGUGCUGGAUCUCCCAGCCAAUCACUUUUGGCUUGAUCUUUGCCUUGCAGUUGGUCAAUUUCUACUGGUUGGUUUUGAUUUUGAGAAUCUUGUACAGGUAUGUGUUUUCCGGGGACAAGAAGGAUGAAAGAAGUGAUGAUGAAGAUGAAGGCGAAGGCGAAGGUGAUAGUGAAGAAGAAAAGAAGAACCAGUAG